AUGAACGAACUACCGUCGGGCAUCAUAAAAGAAAUUUUCAAGUUCCUAACGUACAAGGAUGUGGUGAAAAACAAAAACUGCGUGUGCAAAGAAUUCUAUUGCGCAGUGAAGUACAAUGAUUUGUGGAAAUGCUUCUACGAAAGGGAAUAUGCAGAUGACAUGAUCAACAGAAAAGAAAAUGAUCCCUUUAAGGAGCUCUUUUAUAUAAGACAUGAGGAGAAAAAAAAAAAUAAAUAUGUUUGCUUUCCAAAGUCUGCACAAGAACAAUUCUUAGACAUGGAGGCAUCAUUACUUACCUUGAGAGACAUCUCCUUUGGACAAUUUGAUAUUUCUCAUUUGUACGACCCCGAUAAUUUUAGGAGGGGCAACGAGAUGAAUGGAAGGGAUUACGGAGGUGGUUCUUCAGCUGUGUCCCUUUAUUACACAGGAAGGAGGGAUAAUCAGAAUUGUUUUUUUAACGGGGCCCCUGCAUACAGCGGUAAUGACACGAUAUUGAAUGGUAAGGAUACGUUAUCCCUAUGUGAGCACACUCGUUGUGGAGGGGAGGUGAAGAACCAGGGGAGCCAAUUGGCUUGCACCCGUCACGCGAUGAACGGGAAGCAGAUGAUGAACGAGGACCAGGUGAUGAACAGAAUCGCAGAAGAAUCAAUUUCGAAUGACAAAAUAACACUGAGGGAGAGGGCUUUACCCGAAGAGGAAGACGAAAGCGGACACAUGUGUUCAUUCAAACAUUGCGAAUUUAAAUAUAUUCCAAAGAGUGAUGUGUACAUAUGCACUGAAAGCAAGAAUUAUCACAUAUGUGAUGAUAAAUGUGAGCUAGCUAUUUCAUCGGACAUAGAGUGGGGUUAUUUGGUAUGCCCUUUGUCUGGGAAAAUGUUUGAUUGUUUGUCACAACCACAAUGUAGAAAAAGCUUUAAGAGUGUUAAUUCGACCAUUAAAUACAUUUUGACUUAUGACAUGGGAGCUGGUGGCGCAUUUCAAUACAUCACUCCACAUGAAGAAAAUGAUUCUGACGAUACUUAUGCCCAAGAAAUGGAACCCUCCUUUGCAUACAGAAGAAAAAGAUAUUCACGUAAACGUAUGGAUGAAAAUAGGGUUCAUGCAGGUAUGAUGCAGAAAAGGGGGAAAAAGAAAAGUGGACGCAUUCCCCCUGCCAGUAAAAAUAGCUUCUUCAAAAAGAUACUCGAUUCUUACAUGGGAAACACAAGGGGUUGCACCCGGGGGCCCAUGCGCAAUGGGUAA